UAAAUUCCGCCUUGUUCUGGCCACAACGUUAAGAGAGGAUGAUUACCCUGACAAUGGGGAGUACACGCCCCUUGAUGACGGCACAACCACCAAGGCAAACAGCUUGAGUACAUCAUGUACCGGUACGGCAUCGUGUACAGAAGUGACGGGAUUGAGAGCACGACAGAGGCCGCACCCAGACUCUCAUGGAGGCUCGCUUUGUUGAUCAACCAUCAUGUCCAGUCUGGUCACCAUGGCAACUGAACAGCCUCAGGCCCCGCCUCCAGCAGCCAUUGGUCGAGAUCGUCGCUUACCAAUUCCAAUCAGCAAUGAGCGUAGUCCAGGGCAACGCAAGACACCUGUCAGCUUUGUUGUUGUACCUGUCAGUGAUCUGGGUUACCCUGUUGGUUCACCAGGGAGUAGCAUCUGGGCUUAUACACCAGGGAGCAGCGGUGACUGGAUCCCAAGUAGCAACUUAGAGGACAUACCAGGCACAGCAGCUAACAGGAUGCCUAACUUCCCCAUCAAGACACUAUCCCUCAGGGAACCAAACUUGGCCCUAUUUUAUUUUUAG